GACCCUAGACGUUCCCCCAAUCGCCGAGCUGUAUUCAAGAGUGCCAGCCUGGCAAGCCACAGGAUCCAACGUGAGGUCCCGCUGGCGAUUCCAAGAUGCUCUUUUAAAUGGACGGCCACGAUCUCUGCUUUUCCUGCUCAUCGAUAUCUCCUCUUUCUUCUUCUUCUUCGUCUUCGUCUUCGUCUUCGUCUCUCUUCACUGUUUCUCGGGAAGCUAGGACUGAGAAAACCCUAGCUACAUUCACAGAUCCAACCAGCAUUUUCUCUGUGUUGGGUCCCAAGAUGGUUGCACAAGACUUCACUGUCGAUUUGAGUAAGCCUCUUGUAUUUCAGGUUGGUCAUCUUGGAGAAGAUUAUCAAGAGUGGGUUCACCAGCCUAUUGUUAGCAAGGAAGGCCCUCGGUUUUUUGACAGUGAUUUUUGGGAGGCCUUGACACGCACGAAAUGGUGGGCAAUCCCGCUCAUUUGGUUGCCAGUGGUAACCUGGUCCAUCUCCAGGUCUGUGCGGAUGGGUCUUGAACUCCCUCGGUUAGUGCUAAUGAUGGCCAUUGGCAUUUUUGUUUGGACAUUGAUGGAAUACUCUUUGCAUCGCUUCCUUUUUCACAUCAAAACAAAGACCUAUUGGGGAAACACCAUUCAUUAUCUGCUUCAUGGUUGCCAUCAUAAACACCCUAUGGAUGGGCUCCGUCUUGUUUUUCCUCCUGCUGGAGCAGCUGUUAUAUGUGUGCCAUUAUGGAACUUGAUUAAAUUCUUGUCAACUCCUACUACUGCUCCUGCUCUGUUUGGAGGUGGUUUACUUGGCUAUGUAAUGUAUGACGUCACUCAUUACUAUCUGCACCAUGGACAGCCAUCAAGUAAAGUACCUCGAAAUCUUAAGAAAUAUCACCUGAACCAUCACUUCCGAAUCCAGGAUAUGGGCUUUGGCAUCACUUCAUCACUAUGGGACAGAGUGUUUGGAACACUUCCUCCAUCAAAAGCACCAGGAAAAAGUAGAUAAUUUAAUUGAAAGGAUUGCACCUGUUCAGGGUAGACUGUAGAAUAACAGGUUUCAUCCGGUUUAACUUAUUCUACCCCCUACACAUUCUUCUGCUGCCACUGAUUCAGUGGUGUAUAUUAGUCUAGGCAGCGUCUUACAGGUUUUAGUUUGGACUAUCAAUUGUUUGGUGCUCUUUUCUCUGCAAUGAAAAAUACUGUGUAAAGGGAAUUGAUGGUUGCAGAUUCUUUAUUUGAUUAUUUAUUAUAAAAUGUAUCGUAUUCCGUCUGUUUUAUUA